AUGGUCAGUCCAUUGUUGACCUCAAUAAACGUCCCCAAACAAGAACUCGAGAACGAGAACUCGUUGCUGACCCAAUUCCACCGCCCAUUCGCAGAUCUUGGUCGUUCACUUCACUUUUGCGUUCUGCUGGGAAACUGGUUAGGAGCUCUGCAUUUAAUCUCGUCAUGCAUCUUGCUGGCUAUUAACGUGAUCCCAUGUUCCUGUCAAAUUAGGCAAUGUUUGACAGUCGCCAAUUGAAGACACGUAAUGGGCAACCGCAUCACACAAAGAGUCACAACUGGAGUGGAAGGUGGAGUUGAAGGGGAUUCCCAGUUUAAUACGCGUCGGCGUUAUCAGCAACAUAAGCGGGAAUAUUGCUUGCAGAACGAGUACCGUUCUAAGACACUUCCAGCUCGCUAUCCUCAAAACGAGACGGAUAACAAGCAAAGUAAGACGCAUCUUGGAUCCAGUAGCUGUCUGGGAUCUGGAUCUGGACCUGGACCUGGUAAUGCGGCUAAUGCAACAACAAACAACGGCGAGACGUCGCGAAUCUUAUUUCUGCUCUACUUAAUACACCGCACCUGGAACGUCGUCAUGGAUACGAUGGACUCACGCAAUAAGAGACGGGAAGAGUCGCCACAGCCACAGAAAGUCUCACCGGCUGAAACGCAUCAGGGACGGCGUGCCCAUCCAACUCCAGACGAAGAAUGCUCCAUUGGCAUUACGGAUAUAGAUGCUUCCUCCUACUGCUCCCAGUAUUCCUGCUGCAGUUGUAGUUACUGCUAUGAGGAGGCGGUGGAAAAUCGCUCCAAUGUCUAUAGCUCUGUUGCAGAUGAAUAUUCAUUGGACUCCAUUUACGAACAAGGCAAAUCAAUUUGCGCCAGGUAA